GACAGUACUCAGCGAUUACCAAUUCAGGAACAGUUGCAGUGAAAAAGAUCUUUUCUUAAAACGUAAUUACGAUGAAUUACUACUUCGUGAUCACUAUUUGCAUAACUUUGUUUUUGCAGUUUAUUGCAGUAUUAUGCAAUGAAAAGCCACCAGAGCCCAAAGUAGGAGAGCCUCAAUUCAAAUUAGAUGCAGUAGGUGGUGGAAACAACUUGCGCAACUUUCAGACGGCAUUUAAUGCUGGAGUUGGAACGAAAGUGUGGGAAAGUAAGAAGAAAGAUAUGAGUCUGGAAGUUGGAGCAACUUAUGGCCGUGGAAUCGCACGUGUCGAUGGGCAUACAUUUAAAAGCCCACCCCAAUACGGUCUAGGCACUACUUUUAGAUGGGGCAAGAAGCGAUGAAACCGAUACCUCGUCUGCAAUGCGAAGCCAUCGGAUUUAUUCUGCAAUCUUUGAUAUUUGUAAAAAUAAUAUUAAUAAACGUUGUUUCUUUGUUUUUUUUUUA